AGUGAGAACACGAAUACUGACUACAAUAUGUCUCAGCUACUGUUACCGAACUAUAGCGGUAAGCUGAGUGCACUGCGACAGGGUGCCUUGGGAAAUGCCAACUUCCUGACAAAGAUUGCUCAGGAAUGCAACCAGGUGUUCAUGCCAGAGAAGUCGACAUCACCCAUUCCCAUGGUCAAUCAGGAUGGACACAUCAGCUUCGCACCAGACCCACGUAACAUUGACAAGGUGAAGAGCACCAUCAGACAGUUUGCUAGAGAGUGGAGCGUAGAGGGCAAGAAAGAGAGAGAUACGACCUUCUUGCCAAUUCUGGAACGUCUCGAAUCAUUAUACCCAGACAAAGAAAAAAGGAGUCAUAUUAGAGUAUACUGUCCAGGUGCAGGCCUGGGUCGUCUAUGUCUAGAGGUGGUAUCCAGAGGAUUCUCAUGUCAGGGCAUCGAGUUUAGCUACUUUAUGUUGCUAUCAUCAAGUUUUAUAUUGAACAAGACUAGCAAGAUCAAUGAGUUCACCAUAUAUCCAUUCAUCCACCAGUCAGUAAAUGUGUUGCGAGAUGUCGAUCAGAUACGACCAGUGAAGAUACCCGAUGUACUUCCACACGAGAUGAUCCCAAACGAUGACAACAUCGAGUUUUCCAUGGUAGCUGGCGACUUUACAAAGUCAGUUCAAGAUGAUCACUUUGACAGCGUUUGUACUUGCUUCUUCAUAGAUACAGCACGAAACAUUGUAGAGUAUGUCGAGUGCCUUGUCAGGAUGCUAAAGGAGGGUGGACACUGGAUCAACUUUGGUCCACUGCUGUAUCACUACGCCGAUAAUAAGGAUUCAAUAGAGCUGAGCUAUGAACAGCUGCGGUAUGUCAUUCUAAACAGUGGAUUCGAUAUAUUGCAUGAGGAGCUCAGAGAAACAGAGUAUACAUCCAACAAACAUUCAUUGAUGAAGGUCAUCUACAAUUGUCAGUACUUUGUGGCAAUAAAGAAGAAG